CUGGGAGAAAAGGACUUUUUGCAAAACAAGCAGCACAUGGAGUCCCGAGAAGAGGAUCUGUGCUUUAUUUCUGGAAUGUUGGGCGGAUACGCUUUGAAGAACAAGAUAUGGAUGGAAUUUUACGUUGAGGACGUCGAGCCAAUGAUUUGGAACGACACAGCCUAUUCUCAUCUUGUCUAUGACGAUCAGCAAAAGGAUCUUGUUCUCUCCUUUGUUCAAAACCACAAUCCUCACCGCGUCGCUUCAGCAGCACCAACCGCAUCAUCCUCAGCUUCAACAACAUCGGCCUCUGGAACUCCCGCACCAAUGGAAGAUGUCAUCGUCGGCAAAGGUCAAGGACUCAUCAUUCUGCUCUCAGGCCCUCCCGGCACUGGCAAGACGCUCACAGCAGAAGCCGUUGCGGACCGUACCCACCGACCGCUCUUCUAUCUCCAGGCUGAAGAUCUCGGAAUCAACGCAGCUUCUCUCGGCGCCAACGUCAAGCGCGUGUUCGAAAUGGCCACUGAAUGGAACGCCGUCAUCCUACUGGACGAGGCCGACGUGUUCAUGGCCGAACGCAAUCCCAACGACAUCCAUCGAAACGAGCUGGUCAGCAUCUUCCUCCGAGAGCUAGAAUAUUUCCGCGGCAUCAUCUUCCUCACCACAAAUCUAUAUCACACCAUCGACGCAGCUUUCCGCAGCAGAGUCAGCUUACAUCUUCUCUUCCAGUCGCUGAGCAGGGAGGCGCGCGAGACUGUCUGGCGAAAGUUCUUGCAGCGACUGCCGGAGCAAAAGGGACUUGAGCUACCGCCUAAUGAAGGCACGGAGGAAGUUGUAGAGGCUAAAACACCCCUUGGAGAUGCCGAGAUCCGCCAGCUGUCACUAUGGCAGCUGAAUGGGCGAGAGAUCAAGAACGCAGUCCGCAUGGUGAAGAGCUGGUGCGAUCACAAGGGCUAUGUCAUGACGCUGGAGAGGCUGGAGAGCGGAAUCAAAGUAACGAGCCCUCAUGCGACCAAAGAAGGUGACAUUGACAAAGAUUUGUACGAGUAG